CAAAGUCGAGCUCCGAUAUUUUUAAUAUUGACAAGAUACAAAAUGGAGGCUCGAUAUAACGAAGAUUGUUCGUGAUAAUUAGUGAUGAUAACGUGAUAAUCAAAAAAAUAACCUAAAUAUACUCCAAAAUGGACUGUAGAUUCAAUAUAGUGUUCUAGUGUUUAUAAAAAUGUUACAAAACUCUUUGAAUGAGUUUUAUUCAAAGUUCAUUGUAAUAUUGGUGAUUGCUUCUGUGUUGACAUCUAUACAAAGCUCAAUAGAAGGACAUAUAUUAGAAUUCACAGUAGAACCAUCAGAUACUGUGGUAGAAUCUGGACAAUCAGCUGUAUUAGAUUGUGUAGUUAGAGCGUCUUAUCAUCAGAAUAGCGUUCUUAUUCAAUGGUUAGAUCAAGAUGGUUCUACACUAUCUUUUAUUGGUGAUUCUUAUAGGUCUCAACUUACCAACGGAUCUUUGUACAUUACUAGUGUAGUGGAAGAACAAAGAUUAACGGGUACUUACCAAUGCAAAGCAACGUUGCCAAAUGUUGGUUCGAUAGUGAGCCGAAUAGCCAAAUUAACUAUAGCCAAUCUUGUCAGAUUUCAAGAAGAACCCCGCGAUUUAAGCGUAUAUAUAAGACAACGCGCUUAUUUCGCUUGCCACGUUAUAGGAACCCCGCCGCCGAGAAUAAAAUGGCUCAAAGACGAACGGCCUCUAAUAAUCGACGAAUUAAGAAUGACAAUUUUACCUUCCGGUGCCUUGGAAAUCGACGAGGUCAUAGAAUCAGAUCAAGGAUCGUACCGAUGUAACGCAUCGGGUUUGAGCUCUUAUAAAUUGAGCAACAAAGCAAUAUUGCACAUCAAUAGGGACCAAGAGGAAUCGUUACGCAUAACUGCUCCUAAUUUUAUAGCUAAACCUCUACCGGGUACUUAUGUCGAAGGACAAAACGUUUCUUUGGAUUGUGCAGCUAACGGUUAUCCUGUACCGAAUAUAAUUUGGUUGAAAGGAGGUUAUCCAAUAGAUAUGAAUGAUCUAGAUAGUCGAUUUAAGCUAGUAGGAACCACUAAUUCCUUAAGGAUAAUCAGAAUUCAAGAAGAGGAUGGUGGUACUUACCAAUGUCGGGCUAAAAACCAAGAAGAUAUAGUAGAUGCUUCAGCUCUAAUACAAAUUCAAGUGCCUCCUAGAUUUUUAGUUAAACCCCAGGAUAAAAUUGAACAUUCGACGAAAGAUGUCGAAUUGGAAUGUGCGGUUUAUGGUAUACCGGAUCCGGAAGUGCGGUGGUUCAAAAAUGGUGAAUUGGUUAAAUAUUCGGAUUAUUACAAAUUAGUUGAUGGGCAUAAUUUGAAAAUAAUGGGAUUGAUGACUUCAGAUUCUGGGUUGUUUCAAUGUUUUGCGACAAACGCAGCUGGGAAUAUACAAGCUGUUGCUAAUUUGAAAGUUUUAGCUACACCAGAAAAAAAGAAAUCGAAACUACACUCAAAAAAAGUGCCCCACCAACAAUCGAUAUCGUUAUUUUCGUCACUAAAAUCCGACUCGGACGCCACGCUGGGCGACAUAAAUUUCACCCAAUUAACCAAAAGUAGCAACCGAACGAUAUUCGAUCCUCACACCGCUUUUAAUUCAUUAAAGAGUAGCGAAUCUAACGAUACUAACAAUAACCUUGGAGAUAUACAAUUUGCUUUUACUCCUCCACCCCCAAAACCCAUCGCAGCCUCAACGUCAGACAGGAAAUUGGAAGACGGAUUACCAGGACCUCCUCAAGAUCUAAGAGCACCCAUCGUCAAAGCUAGAUUCGUCAUAUUGAGUUGGAAACCACCUUUGGAGAAUGGAGAUAAUAUCAUUUCGUAUUCUAUAUAUUAUCGACAGAAUGGCAGUGACAGGGAGAGAUAUCAAAAUACGAACCGCUCGAAAUUGGAAGAGAUCAGUAUAGGAGGACUCCUUCCAGGCAGAGUAUACCAUUUCAGGAUCGUCCCCAACAACGCUCUAGGUCCUGGAGAAUCUUCCGAACCACUAACUGUAACAACCCAAAAUGAAGAACACGUAGCUAGCGCUCCCUUAGCCUUCAAUGCUUACGCCACAAGCCCCAGAAACAUCUAUAUAAGUUGGCAACCACCAGAAACACCCAACGGACACAUCUUAAAAUACACCAUCUACUACAUGGAGACCAGUUCGUCCAUAGAACACAACGUCGACGUUUCGGAUUCCCUAAACUACGAUCUGAACGAUUUGAAUCCAUACACGGAGUACAGCAUUUGGGUGGUAGCCCAAAACGAAAACGGCGGCGGCGCCGCCACCGAAGAAAAAACCGUCAGGACUUACAGCGCCGCCCCAACCGAACCGCCUACCAACAUCACCGCCGAACCAUCGAGCAUGAGCAUCACCGUGCGAUGGGAACCGCCUCCACCUGAAGCCCAAAACGGAAUAAUUUUAGGUUAUAAAAUAAAAUGGAGGCGAUCGGGUAAAGGUAAGGCCCAAACUUAUACGACGCAACCCAGCGAGAGGCAUUACGUCAUCAACGAUUUGGAAAAGGGGGCGAUUUACCAAAUUAAGUUGUGGGCGAUGAACGGGAACGGCACCGGUCCCGGUUCGGAAUGGUUGGAAGUGAAAACUUUCCAAAAUGACGUCGACGAAAGUCAGGUUCCUGAUAAACCGGCGUAUAUUAAAGUACGUCCUACAUUCGAUAAAGUCUUCGUGAUGUGGUCCCCCCCUCUAAAUCAAAAAAUCAGGGUGCGGAAUUACAUUCUCGGUUGGGGUAAAGGGAUACCCGACAUGUACUCCGUCAAAUUGGACGAAAGGAAUAGGACUUACGUCGUAGAUCGAUUAGAACCGAAUUCCGAAUACGUUUUGAGCUUGAGCGCUAGUAACGACGUAGGAGCGGGAGCUCCGAUUUAUACGCAGGUCCGGACGCAAGACGAACCGCCACCGGAACCGACUUUGACGCUUUUCCCUCCGAUGGGAUUGAAAGCGCAAGUGCUGAGUACGACGUCGGUAGUUCUCUAUUGGACCGAUCCGACUUUAAAACAGAGUCAAUACGUCAGGGACAACAGGUAUUAUAUAGUGAAAAUAACCGACGAUAAAAUGAGAAAACCUCGUUAUAUGAACGUCACCGAUUUAAACGCGAUGGUGGACGAACUGAAGCCAAAUACUUUUUACGAAUUUUCGGUUAAACUCGUCAAAGGUCGAAAAGAGAGUUCUUGGAGUAUGGUAGCCCACAACAGAACUUGGGAAUUACCGUUAAACGUAUCUCCAAGAGAGUUGGAUGCCCAUUUUAAAGACGAAGACUCUCAUUUGGUGGAACUAUCGUGGCAGCCUCCUAAGACUUACACGGGUCGCAUAACCGGCUACGUUAUUUUAUAUACGGAUAAUAAAAGUUUAUCGGAUCCGGAAUGGAACGCUUCCGCCGUCAAGGGUGACGUCCAUUCGAGCAUCAUUUACAAUUUGAAACCGUUCACUCAGUAUUAUUUUAAGGUGCAGGCGAGGAAUAGUCGGGGGUACGGACCCUUUUCGUCGGUGGUUACUUUCAGGACGGGACAAAGUGUUGCCACACACUCUCCGAUUCAGGGCCAACAACUAGAUUCCGGCGGAGUUUUUUCCAACGAGGUUCUUUUGUACACGACCAUAGCCGGUUGUCUGUUAGCAGUCGGUACCAUAGCCGGCGUCGUCGCAUUUUUCUGCUGCCGUCGAACCGACCCCAACGCGACCCCCGACAGAACGAAAAAAGGUUACCAAAAGGGAUCGAAAAACACCCAAAACAUACCUCCGGAUCUUUGGAUCCAUCACGAUCAGAUGGAAUUGAAAGCGAUGGAGAAACGUCAUUCGCACAACGACGGCGCCAGUAGUAGCGCAGGCGCCGUGACUCUACCUCGAAGUAUAGGCGGUAACGAAUACGAACCACACGAACCUGUCAAUACGAAUUCGUUGGAUAAAGGCACUUACGUUCCUAAUUACGUCGCCGACGACGUACACAGAAAUUCAUUGAGAAAGAAACCGAUCGCAUUUCCAGUGGAUAACAAACCGUCUCCAAGAGAACCUAUCGCUACUCCAAUAAACACAGCCACUCUUAGCCAAUCUAGUACGGAUUCUACGCCGUCCAGUAGACAACCGUACGGUCGAUCUCAGUAUUCUCUACCUUCCAGAACCCAGGUGCCUUUCGAUUCGACCAUACCGCACAGUCAAGCGACUGAAAAUGUUUAUAUAUCACACCCUGUAGCUCACGGCGGUCACGAAACCGUCAAUCCCCUCAGUUCAGGGUAUAUCGGCCAUCCCCAGCCUACUCCGACCGGCGGCGGUUUCGGUACGCCUCCGGCGACCGGUUGGUCAGUAGUAGAUGGAACGAAAAGACUGCAGGCCCAAGGCCACCCGCUCAAAAGCUUCACCGUACCGGCACCGCCUCCCAUAUCAGCUCCCGGUACACCCCAACCGAAACACAUCGUUACGGUUCGUCCAACGACUUCGCCUUACAAAAAAGUUUUGCCGAGCGGUAGUCCGCCGACUAAUACUUCGGGCGUUACCCCCACGUCUAGGAUAAACCCGUCGAAUCCUCCGCCUCAUACAGCCGACGAAGUACAACGUUUGCAACCAUCUCAUUCGACCGAGGAACUUAAUCAAGAGAUGGCGAACCUCGAAGGACUCAUGUUGACCUUAAACGCCAUUACGGCCAACGAAUUCGAAUGUUGAGAGGGUCGAAUUCGCGAUAAAUGUCAAAUUUUGACAGGAUUAUUCAAUGAUGUGACUUCAAGGACUGCUACUUUUUUUAUUGUCUAAGUAAAAGGGAUUAAGACUUAGAAACAUUGAAAACCAUUUUUUUUAAACCAUAAAUCCCGUUUUUUGGUCAUAAAAACAAACCUUUUUUCGGACUAGAAAAACAAGGAAAACUAUUUUUGACCUUGAAAACCAUUUUCUUGGAUUAUAGAAACAUUAAAACCCGUUUUUUGGACCAUAAAUCCCAUUUUUUAUAAUAAAACCCUUUUUGACCACAAAAACCAUUUUUUGGAACAAAACCAUUGAAAACUUUUAAUAAUGAUUAAAAUCGAUUUGACGUUAGCCCCUUUGACACUUUCUCGACCAAAGUAGCACUUCUUGUAACAGUAAUGGACUAAAUUUGAAUCAAAUCUCGAACUUUCAUGGAAAAGGAAUGAUAUACAGAUUGUCCUGAAUUAGAAACAACAUUUCUUCACCCCUAAUGAUUUAUCAUCACGAAUUCGGGACUUGAACGAGUUUUUGGUAGCUAAUUUUUCAUAUAUAUAUAUAUAUAUAUAUAUAUAUAUAUAUAUAUAUAUAUAUAUAUAUAUAUAUAUAUAUAUAUAUAUAUAUUCUACCGUUUUUUUAAAUAUUUAAAUAGUCGAUAAAAUUUUUAAGACUGAUUUUUUGCAAGAAAUAUUUUGGUUUUUAUAUUUUUUUUUCCUUCUAAGGUGUUAAUUAUUUCAUUAAUCGAAGAAUUGUCUUAUGAAAGAAAAUAAUGAUACUAGGGAAUCAUAUUCAUCGUAUCAGAUCAGUAUCAUUAAUGAAACAAUUAAUUUUCACAACUAUUUUUUUUCCCUUUUUCGAUUCCUAUUUUCCAAAUGCUCAAUUUUUUGUACUCACUCGUUGCAAUAGCAAUUUUUCUACAUGUAUUUGUAUAUUUUAAGAAAAAAAUACAAUUCCGCAUUUUCUAAAACUAUUUUAUAUAGUAGUUCGUUUGUACCCUUAUUAAAACAAUCUUUACAAGUAGUUUCUUCGUACCUAUGUUAAGAUCAGCUUAUUGGUACUGAAAUCGUUCUUUUUUACGCGGUAGCUCAUUUGUACCAAUUUGGAAACAAUAUUUUGCAUUUUUACCCAUAUUUAAAUGGUUUCUUUUUGUAUGGUAAUUCCUUCAUACCCAUUUUUUAGGUAAUUUGUACUCAUCAUUAAAACAAUAUUUUUAUAGGUAGUUCCUUUGUAUCUCUAUUACCAAUUUAUACAAUAGCUGUUUGGCAGCCAUAUUUUUUACGCGGUAGAUUAUUUGUAACUAUAUUAAAGUAAUUAUACAAGAUAAAUUAUUUGUACCGGUGUUAAAAUUACCUAUUUUGAAGUAGUUCAUCGGUAGCUGCUAUAAAAAGUUCCUUUUACAAUAUGGUUCAUUUAUACCAACAUUGAAAUUAUUCAUUUUAUACGGUAGUUCAUUUGUACCUAUAUUAAAACGACCUUAAACCUAACAACUCAUUUAAACCUGUUUUAAAACUACCAUUUUACGCAGUAGUUCAUUUGUACCUACAUAAAAACCUUUUUUUAUCAUAUAUUUCUACUUACAUAUAAACGAACGCUAUUAUACCGUUAUUCAUAUAUUAAAAACGCUAUAGUUCGUUUGUACCUAUAUCAAAACGGCAUUUUUAUACCGUAAUUCAUUUGUAUCUACAAAUAAAUUAACAUUUUUAUGCAGUAGUUUAUUUGUAUCGAACAGUAUCUAAUUGAACAGACCUAAUCGAUUAGCCUAGGCAAUGUGAUAUUGUCCUUAACGUGAAUUUGUUAUUAAAUUUUUUCUAUUGUAUACAGGUUGUCCUAUAGUUCUGGUCUACGCGUUAAUAAAAUUAUUAGAACUAUAAGACGUCUAGUAUAAAGGAUGUCUCGAUAAGGAAAACAGUCUUUUUAUUUGUUUAUCGAUAUAGAUACAAUAAAUAGAUAUAUAUACAGAUUGUCCUCUAACGGGACGCUAUAGUUAAUUAUAGGUAAUUGGUUGAAAUUUCUAAUAUUCGGUUACCUCAGUGUCCAUAUUUUAAUCUUGCCUUUAUUGUUGUCGGUGAUAUUUAGUUUUAUGUGUAUAUAACAAUUUUUGGUUCCAUUAACCAAUUUUUUUUGAAAAUUAUAUGCCACAUGUUUGCGAUAAUUUAUUGAAAAAUUAAUUUAUUCGAAUCUGUGGAUGAUGCGGUUUUCUAAAUAUUUAGGAAACGUCUAUUUGUACAUAUAUUGAUUAAUUUUUAAAAAAAUAAUAUGUAUAUAGUAAAAAAUAUUUUGUAUUAUUGUAUAAUCGGUUAUUUUAUGCACAUAUAGAAUAUUUUUGCUACGGUAGUACAAAAUAAAAAGCUAACCGUUAAUAAAAAAAUAUAUAUCAACAGUAUUUUGAAUAUGUUUGGUGAAAUUAAAGGAUAAUCUAGGUUUUUAUAUAAUUUUAAUAAAAAUCGACCGCUUUCGGGUCCUUUUUAUUAUAAAACGUUCUUGCUGUCUAUAAACUCUUUUUAUACCUUAACCUCGUUUCCUAACAUCUUUUUUUAAUUAAAAUAACUUUUUUAACUCGUUUUCAAUUUAUUCGUGUUGUAUGUAGUCAUAGAAUCCCUUUUUGUGAUAUUCAAUCUUUUCUAGAGACUCUUUUGUAACUGCCCUUGCUUAUUAGAUUCCUUAUUGUAACUUUCGCUUACCAGUCUCUGAUGUCCCUGCUUCCUAGACUUUUUUUUGUAACUAAUCUUGUUCAUUAAAAUCUUUUUGUAACUACUCUUGCUUAUUAGGCUCUUAGUUCAGCUGUCCUUGCAUUGUAGACGUUUUACCUGGAACUACUUUUACUUAAAAGACUUUUUUGUAACUGCCUCGCUUCCCGCUCUAGUUUUCUGUUACUGCGCUUGCUUACUAAGCUCUUUUUCUUUCAUUAUUAUCGCUUCCUAGAUUCGUUUUUGGUAGCUACUUUUACUUAGAAGACUUUUUUGUGACUGUCCUCACUUCCUACACUCUUUUUCUGUUACUGUACUUGCUUACUAAGCUCUUUUAUUAUUAUCCUAGAUUCGUUUUCUGUAACAACUCUUACUUACAAUACCUUUUUGUAUUUGUCCUAGUAUCCUACACUCUUUUUCUGUUAGUGCAUUUGCUUCCUAAGAUUUUUUUAAUUGUCUUGCUUCCCAGACUCUUUCUUUGUAACUAUACUUGCUCUCCAGAUUCUUUUUUAUGUCUCUACUCACUUUUGAGAUUAUUUUUAAGAAAUUUCGCUCUAGAACUUUUGUUUUGCUUCCUAGAAUAUUUUUCUGUAACUACCCUUGCUUAUUAUAUUCUCUUUGUAACUAUGCUUGCUUGCACCUUUCUUUUGGUACUAUGCUUGCUGCCUAGUUUAUUUUUUUAACUUUCUUUGCUUCCUAUCUUUUGUGUAACUUUCUAAAAUCUUCUUUUGUCAUUUCACGGGCUUUCCAGAUUCUUUUUUUGUAACUUCCCGUGCUUCCCACCUUUUGUGUAACUUUCCUUCCUCAUACCCUGUUUUAUCAUAAAAAAUCUCUAGAUUGCCUUUUAAUUCCAAAUAAAUCGUUUCAAUAGAUUUGUUUUAGUCCAGUUUUACUUCUUUUUUCUUUAUAUUUAUUGUUUGUAUGUGAAUUUUAAUAAUUAUGUGAUGUGCGUGAUAUUUGAUUUAGAAAAAUUCGAAUGGCAGAAUGUGUAAGCCUUAAAAAUAUAUUUAUAUUAAGGAUAUUUUAUGAGAAAAAUUUUUUCACUGUAUGUAGUAAUUUUUAAGUGUCGCCUAAAAUAAAUCAAAUUUUAUUUAA